AUGGAAGAGGAAAACAAGAAGCUUCACAUAGCAUUUCUCCACAUCUCCAACAAGGACACACGCCGCGACUUGACCCUGAAACUGAUUCCAGUUGAAGAUGAGAAACUGAUUCCAGUUGAAGGGUCAGAUGUUAGAAAAGAAAUGUCAAGGAGGAUAAAGAAAUAUCGCGUAGACAUACUUCGUUGUGAAAGCUUGGCAUCUCUUGCACCCGCAACUUUAGAACGGUUGUUUCUUCGUGACUAUGAUAUUGUUGUCUCUAUUAUUCCUCUUCCACAUUCAUCAAUCCUCCCUGGACCGACAUUUCCUGUUCAUUUUGGUCCUCCCUCUCACUCAUCCAUGACACCUUGGAUGAAGUUGGUGUUGUACACAACUGUGGCAUGUGGACCUCUAUCUAUUGUUCUGAUGAAAGGGCAAUGCUUACGCUUGCUUCCUGCACCACUGGCUGGUUGUGAGAAGGCUCUCAUAUGGUCUUGGGAUGGUUCUACAGUAGGAGGCUUGGGGGGCAAGUUUGAAGGAAACUUAGUUAAGGGAGGUAUACUCUUGCACUGUUUAAAUUCACUUCUGAAACACUCAGCUGUGCUAGUGCAGCCCCUCAGUAAGUACGACCUUGAUAAAUCUGGGCGAGUUGUUACUCUAGAUAUUCCAUUGCCGUUAAAGAAUUCUGAUGGUUCAACUGCUCGUAUAGAGGGGGAUAUGGGACUGAGUGAAGAGGAAAGUAAAAGGCUGAACUCUUUGUUGGCUGAUUUGGCUAACAAAAUGGAGUUGUGGACAGUGGGUUAUAUUCGGCUCUUAAAACUUUUCAAGGAAAAAGAGUCUGAACAAUUUUCACCUGUUGAAGAGAAGUAUGAAUGGGUCCCACUGAGCGUGGAAUUUGGUGUUCCACUUUUCAGUCCGAAGUUGUGCAAUAAUAUUUGCAAGAGGGUCGUUUCAUCCCAAUUACUUCAAGCAGACUCACUACACGAGCAUCAUGAUGCAAUGCAAGGCAUAAGAAAAAGAUUACGGGAUGUUUGUGCAGAGUAUCAAGCAACGGGUCCUGCAGCAAAGCUUCUUUAUCAGAAAGAGAAAUCAAAGGAGCCAUCUCGACAUCUCAUGAAUUAUGCUAGUGGAAGGUGGAAUCCACUUGUGGAUCCUUCAUCUCCCAUUUCGGGAGCUAUGAGUGAACAUCAGAGACUAAAACUAGCUAACCGAAAUCGUUGCCGAACUGAAGUCUUGAGCUUUGAUGGGAGCAUCCUCAGGUCAUACGCUUUGGCGCCUGUGUACGAGGCUUCCACAAGGCCAAUCGAAGAAUCCCCUUCAGGGAGCACAAUAAAAGUUGAGCAAGAGGAGGCCGACAACAGAGAAGUUGUCCUUCCCGGUGUCAAUCUUCUUUUUGAUGGCGCUGAGUUGCACCCUUUCGACAUAGGCGCUUGCCUGCAGGCUCGUCAACCAGUCUCCUUAAUAGCCGAGGCAGCUGUUACCUCUGCAGCUUUUGCUGCUGUUAAAUAGGGACUUACAGCUAACUUCCGAAACCCGUCAUCCAUGUCCUUUUGUUAUUAUUUUUUGAUUCGUCUGCUCGAUUUGAGAUUGACAGUAUCCGCUAGCUUAAAGUCAAAUCAGCUCUAAGGUAAUUAGAAAAUUACCCCUUUAUAGUAUAGUAUGCAACUCUGUUGAUUGCUUAACCACACUGAUUUAUGAUCAAAAUUAUCAUGAAAGACCCUUCUUUCAUUUGCAUUUAAAAGCUGCAUUGUAUCUUGAACCAGCAAAAAUUCAAAUUAAAACCAAUUUGAAAAGUGGA